AUGGUCAAAUUACAGGCCUCAUUCACUCUUUCUCUCCUUAUCGCCAUCUUGAGCAUCGGCAGCGCUCAAGCCGAAGUCGCCGGUGCUCGAAACGGCCCUCGUCGACAUGACAAAGCCCCUACCGCUGAGAAGCGAUCCCUCGCUUCUAGGGCGACGGACCCUUGGGCAAAUUUCAAGCAGUUCGAUUGGUCCACUUGGCAAACCAAUUGGGGUUGGGCAGGUCACACCUUGGCAUAUGUAAAAGCUUGGUACUACGACGAAUAUGGUCUCAAUCUACCUCCAGGUGUAUACAGUUGGCCUCAGUUGUCCUACUAUGUCAGUUACUUCGGUACCUACAAGCCUACUCCCUCACCUUCCAUCUCUUCAUACGGUGGUGCCAACACCGAGGACCCUUGGGUAACCGGUACCCUCGCCUCUUCUUCUACCUCUUCCAGCAAAGCUGCCUCUACUUCUACUUCGACUUCUACUUCUACUUCUACCUCUGCUUCCAAGUCAUCCUCGAGUUCAGCUGCUGCUGCCAGCUCCUCAUCUAUUGCUAGCUCUACCUCUUCCAGCAAAGCCUCAUCCACUUCUUCGUCCGCUGCCGCUUCUUCCAGCGCUGCUUCGUUAACUGGUGGAGUAGUUACCUCGAACGGAUGGACUUCUCAAGGUUGUUACCAAGAUGCCUACCCUCAUCUUGUUCCUGAUUACUUUGAAAGAAACACCUCGAUGACCCAGGAAUACUGUGGUUCAGUCUGUUUCAACCAAGGUAAACCAUGGAUGGCCGUAGAAUACGGUACCGACUGUUACUGUUCAAGCGCUCUCGCCACUAGUGGAUCUUUCCCUAAACUCGCCGACAGUCAAUGUACUUACCCAUGCGGUGGUAACUCUGCCCAGAACUGUGGUGGUAACUACAUCCUUGUCUUGUUCAAAUACACCGGUACCGCCAGCUUCCCAUCUUCCUCUUCCUCCUCCUCCAAGGCAUCGUCUUCCGCUGCUUCUUCAAGCACUUCUUCUUCGGUCGCCGCUUCAAGCUCUUCCUCAUCAAGCUCUUCCAAGGCCGCUUCUUCAUCUUCUUCAUCUUCAUCUUCAGCUGCCGCUUCCAGCUCUUCUUCCUCGGUCGCUGCCUCUAGCUCCUCAUCUGCCGCUGCCUCAUCCAGCUCAUCCAAGGCCGCUUCUUCUUCGUCCUCUUCAUCAGUCGCUGCCUCUAGCUCUGUUGCCGCUUCUAGCUCUUCAGCCGCCGCGUCCUCAACAGUAGCCUCCUCUUCCACCAGCUCUUCCGCUUCCGCGUCCGCUACUCCUACUGUACCUUCCGGAUGGAAAGUAGCUGAUACCCCAUGUAUCGCUGAUGGAAAAUCUGGUCGAGCGUUACUCGGGUCAUUCACUAUCGAUUACUCCAACACCAUCGAAAGUUGUCUCGCUCGAUGUGAUGCCGGUGGAUACCCCAUCGCCGGUAUAGAAUACGGUAACCAAUGUUUCUGUGGUUCUUACCUCUCAAACGGAGCUUCCUUGUCUACAACUGCUACCUGCGCUGUCGCCUGUCCAGGUAACACGGCUGAAACUUGUGGUGGAUACUACGCCUUGUCUCUCUACGUUUCCACCAAAUUGAACGGUGCUGCCCUCUCUUCGGAUCUAUCCUCUGUCGCCGCUACUCUCCCUGAUGGAUGGUCAACCGUAUCGAAAUGUAUGCAGGAAGUCAACGGUCGAGCUCUUACCGAUUACUCAUGGGCUACCGAUGCCAUGACCGUCCCAUUGUGUCUUAACAAAUGUGCUUCCCUCGGAUACCAAUACGGUGGUGUUGAAUACGGUAGAGAAUGUUACUGUGGUAACUCUUUAGAUAAUGGUGCCGAUUUAACCAAGACUUCCACUCUUUGUGGUACCCCUUGUGCCGGUAACCCAUCUACUCCUUGUGGUGGUUGGAACGCUUUACAGGUAUUCAACAACCCUGCUUACUCUUAUUCCAACACCAUCGUGAACGGUUACGUCAAGACUGCUUGUCUUCAAGAAGUCGCCAACCGAGCCUUGAGAGGUGCCGCCUACAAGGACGAGGCCGGUAUGACGGUCGAAACCUGUACGCAAUACUGUGCCGAUCGAGGAUUCAACAUGGCCGGUCUCGAGUAUGGAAGUGAAUGUUACUGUGGUUCCGCUUUGGUCGGUGGUGCUUCCCUUCUUUUGACUUCCGGACAAUGUAACAUGAACUGUGUUGGUGAUGCGACCGAGAACUGUGGUGGACCCAACGCGAUUUGGUUGUAUAUCAACCCUAACACCCUUACCGCUUCCGUCACUUUACCCACCGGAUGGACCUACAAGGGAUGUAUCGGUGAAGGAACAUCUGCUCGAGCACUCAACUUUACCGCCACCGACCUGAUCACCAAGGGAACUAUGACUGGUGAGAAAUGUGCAAGACAAUGUUCCGAAUCAGGUUAUACCAUGGCUGGUACCGAAUACGCUUCUCAAUGUUACUGUGGUAACUCCUUCCAAGGUGGUGCCACUGGAAACAUCAUCGAUACCAUCACCGACAGUACCUCUCAGUGUAACUACCCUUGUCCAGGUAACGCCGCCCAAAUGUGUGGUGGUGGUUAUAGAUUAUCUCUAUACUCCAGCUUGGCUACCCUCCCCAGUACCGUCACAACGGCGUUAUAA